UACAUACUUGAAACUACGUCAGAAAAAACAAUUAGGGGCAAAAAGCUGUUUUAGAAUAUGUAUUCAAAGAUAAUUUAUGAUGGUUGUUCACAAAUUUUUGUUUUUGCACGAAAUACGACAAAAUUUGUAAAGCUGUAAAACGAAACGCAACACAACAAUAAGAACAUUUUCAUUUACCAACAUACGCGCCAAGUACAUAUUUUGCAUUACAAUGUUUUCAAAAAAUAUUAUACUACUUGUGUGUGUCGUGAGUUUUAUAGUAAAAAGUAUUACCGCAUAUGGUGGAGAAAUACCAGCAGGGACAGUGGAAACUGCAAGUAGUGGAGAGAUACCAGCAGGGACAGUGGAAACUGUUACUAGUGUGAUAGUGGAUGAUGUUUCUACGAGUACAGGGAUAGUGGAUGAUGGUUCUACGAGUACAGGGAAUAUAAAUCUGGAUGAAAUCACAGACGAUCAAUGGAAAAGUAUAUUUAUCAAGCACGAUACCGAUAAAAGUGGUUCAAUCUCGUCAAAAGAAUUACAGAAACUAGUAUUCGAUGAGUUCAACGGAUUCCUCCCCGUUGGCCAUGCAGAUAUAUAUAUACAUUUACUUAAAUCAAACGAUAAAAAUGAACUAGAAUUGGAACAAUUGCCAAAAAUAAAACCGAUACUAUUUUUUUUGACAAAGACAAAAGGUUUUUUGGAUACUAAAGUCACAAACAAGAAUAUUACUUAUUCCGGGAAAUCUAUCGUGAAUGGUUUAAAGAAAACUGAAAUAGUUAAAGCACUGUUCCUAAACGAGAAUGACAUUUCAGAAAUACUAGAUCUUUUUGGUCUAAACGUAACAUCCCGAAUUGAAUGGAUGAAGUGUGAACAAAUAGUAAACAUGGUGGGGGGUUGUAUAUCGAUGGCACUUUUUCACGUUAGUUUUGAUAAAUUGGUGAAGGACCAAGCUGGCGGUAUAGACGUUAAUAACCUUCUUGAAACAGCGGUCCUAAAUGUUCCAGGAAAGUCCUUAGAAGAAACAGUCAUCGAGGAAUCAGACGAUCCGGAAGCAGACGAUCCGGAUGCAGAGAUUAAAGAAACACUCAUUCAAUCUAUCACGAAUAGGGAUUUAGACCGCCAUGGCUCGAUUGAUUUUUAUGAAUAUAUGGUAAUAAUGCGUUAUGAUUUUAAGCUGUUCGGAGAACCGGAGAUGUACCCUCAUGUCUAAACUCUACUCUCGAUUCAAGAGAAUCUUUAAAUUUUGAAAAAUAUAAUAGUUAUAGAGAAUACUAAUAAUUUGCUAUGUUUUUAGUAAUUUUUGUUUUUUUUUGCAAGCUAAGUAGGUACAAAUUUUAACAUUUAUUUUUGUUUUAGAUAUCACAAUUUUUUUUAAUAAAAUAAUACACUGUGCACAAGAAAUAUUAAGUAUACAUUAGAUGAACAUUUCAUACAUACAUUUGUAAAGAAACAAACGGUUGUCAAUAAUCAAUUGGUUAUUUAAUUAAUUU